CUUUUCUUCUUGCUCUCAUCAUAAGCUUUCGGUACUUUGGCGCUCACCAGGGUUUGCCAUAGCUCCUGCACGAAUGGCAGAUCAACCAACACCCUUAAAUCAACCUGAUUCUCAAAACCAGGACCAAUACUCAAGCUCAAUGGAAGCGGAGGUGUCAACCACAAGCACAGUAGUACCGGCGCCGGAGUCUAUUGCCACUCUCGGGGUGAAACGAAGGGCCUCAUCCACAUUUGAAGGCAUGCAAGACGAUUGUCGGAAAAGAAUGAAAGAGGACGAAAGGGCUGUUUUGGAAGGCACAGGAGUUGAUUCGUCGUCGUCGUCGUCGUCGGCCACUGCGGUGGGGUUGGUCGAGGAUCUUUCUGAAGAAUUGCAAUGUGGUUGUUGUUCUGGGUUGAUUUACAAGCCGGUCAUGGUUUCUCCUUGUCAACACUUUUUUUGUGGAAGCUGUAUUGUUCUGUGGAUUCGUAAUGGAGGUACCAAUUGCCCUGCUUGUCGAAGUGAAUCCGCGAUUGUUUCGCCGUCUCGCCCACUCCAAAUCAUCAUCGACACCCUACUUCGAGCUGCUCCUCGCAAAGCGCGAUCGGAACGUGAACGCCAACAAGCCGACGACAUAUACAGAGGUGGAAUCUCAAUGAGAAUUCCGACACCUCGCGAGGCUUCUCCAGAACCAAACAUCAACAUCAGUGCGGAAUAUGCAAGGCCUUGUCCUCACUGCUUACCCAAUAACCCAUAUCGCUGGACAUGUCCCCAGCCCAUCCCAGAUCCUAACACUGACAUUGACCACGCCUGGCACCUCGAAGACGGAACACCUCCUGGCCACGGACACUGUGGAAACUGCGAAGUCCUCAUGGCUUUGCAGGCCCCAACUUCUACGAAAUGUGAACUAUGCCAGACGAUGUUUUGUGGUAUCGCAGUACCUCAUCGCUGUAUAGCUGCUCCUCUUCUAGCCCAGCAUCUACACGGAAUGGAAGAUAUUGGAGACCUUAUCCAGUGUCAGGACGUGUACGAAUGUUUCAAUGGAAAUACUGUCGAGGUCGACUUUAUGCUUGACCACCUGACCGCACAAGGCUUGACCCCUAGGCACAUUUAUAGAGAGAUCAUUAAUCAUAUUAAAGCACAGCCCCGUCAGUUUGCUCCUUUGAUCGAGCAAGACCUCUUCGUAGACGGUGCACUUGAACUUGAACCACACCCGGAAGCUUCCCGAGAAAAGAUCUGCCGUCGUUGUGCCACAGAAGUCUUUCUUUGGGGACUCAAAGAGUGGUGGAUCAGAGAACGACAGAAGGGGUUCGUGGAAGGGAGAUUUGCUCACCGUAAAGACUGCCCUGAAGGCGCUGACUGCACUCGUCAGAAAGACUUAGGUCACGCCAAAGAGUUCAAUCAUAUCUUUAUUCGUGUACUCCCCAACUAUCCUACUAUGAAGAGGACGACGGUGGUCCCAGAUUCAGAAACUGGCACUUAUACCGUCGGAAGCUCAGCGUCCGACGACGUUAACGGUAUCGUUGAUACACUACCCUCGGAAGUAGCUUGAGGACCCUAUGGCACUUUUACGCAUCGCACGCGCUUUCACCCCGUUGUGGUACUAUAGACAUCCACAGGAAGACGCACAGACUUACAUACCUAUACACUACACGGAGACCUUAUCCCGCUCUCGCGAUCGUCUGCCGAUCUGUUCGACACAUCCUGCACGAGCUGCUCGCCCGGUUCCCCGACCUAUGACUUCCCUCCCUUCCUUUCAUCAGUUUUAGUAGAGACGUUGACGGGGACGGUUGGUUAUGGUCGAGUAAGCUCAAAAUCGGCGGGAGACUGGAGGUAGUGGGAAUAUGGCUUGCGUUACCCCCCUUCCCCUUCAGCAGGCGAAUGAAAGAACGUGGACUGGUCUCGGCUUGCUGGACCGUGGGCCAUCGCAAAUGGGGGAAGCAUAGUCCCGAAGGGACCUGAAGGG